AUGACUGACGUCGAUAACUCAUCCGCGCCACCUGCUGGUGACGAGCUACAGAUCACACUCCUCCACCACGGCGAACGGCAUACAUUUGGCUUUGCACAGGAUGCGACGAUAUCAGAUUUAUCCGAGCGAGUCGCAUCUGAACUCUCCAUACCGCCCACCAACCAAAAGUUCCUCGUCGCCUCCAAACUCGGCCUCCAAAAGCCGCCCUUCAAAGUGCCGAACCUGCCUCUCACAGAUCUCGCCGGCAAGAAGAUAACUCUCAUGGGCAGCACGACCGCUGAAGUCGCCUCCCUCAACUCGACCAUAUCCGCCGCCUCCGCGCCUCGCCGCCCAGGCCCCAUCAAAGCCGCCAUCGACUACAAGCGCAUGCAAGACGAAGCGCAAUACACAUUCCACACGCUGCGGCCGCUGCCCUACCUCCCCAACCCCGACCGCUCUCUGCGCUUCCUCGAGCGCUUGCGCGACGAUGCGGGCAUCAAAGCCGCCAUGCUCAACCACAAAUUCAGCGUCCCGCUCCUCACGGAAAUGGACCCGGCGAUGCACACCACGCAAGACUCACGCACGCUGGGUCUCAACCGCAAUAAAGGCGAAGUCAUCGAACUGCGCCUGCGCACCGAUGCAUACGACGGGUAUCGCGAUUACAAAACGAUCAGGAACACGCUGUGUCAUGAACUCGCGCAUAAUGUGUGGGGCCCGCAUGAUCGCAAUUUCUGGGAGCUGUGUAAGCAGAUUGAACGCGAGGUGGCGCGGGAUGAUUGGAAGAGUGGCGGCAGGAGCGUGGGGGAUCAAGAGUACUAUGAGCCGGGUGAGGAGGAGGUACAUGAUCAUGGGGGAUGGACGGGUGGGGAUUUUGUGCUGGGCGGAAGUAGUGAGGGAGGGAACAGCGAGGUGGGGAGCUUAAGUCGGAGGGAGAUUAUUGCGAGGGCGGUGGAGGAGAGGAUGAAGAGGACGAAGAGGGCGGAGGAGGGGAGUGGGAGUGCUGAUUGA